AUGGCGCAGUCACUCCACACCGCCGCACCACCGUCGCCCCCAGCGAAGCAGAAGUCUUCAUUCCUUCUCAAACCUCAAUACAAAACAGCAUUGAAAGACUUCAUCCGGAUCUUCUCCUUCUCCACAUGGCUUGACAAAGUACUCCUCUUGGCGGCUGUCCUCACGUCAGUUGGGGCCGGCGUCACCAUGCCCAUCAUGAACAUUGUAUUUGGCCGGAUGGUCAACUCGUUCACUGGAUACUUUGGAGCAAAUGCCACAACUACGUACCAGAUGUUUGAAAAUGCCAUCAGAACCUGCGCGUUAUAUCUCGUCGGCCUGUUCUUCAUCAAGCUUGCCCUAGACUACGUCGCAUAUCAUGCAGACAUCCAAGCGUCAAUCACAGCAAAUGAGAUUUUCAGCUCCAUUAGGAUGAUCACUGCUUGCGGAGCGAGAGAGAAGAUGGCCCGAAGGUAUGCGACGUGGGUCGACGAAUCUCGCCGCCGCGGCUUGAAGAUGUCUCCGUUGAUAGCGAUACAACAAGCGCCAGUUCAGUUUGCCGUGUAUAGGGUCCUGAUGUCGGUCAUGCUGAUGACAAGGUCAAUCAGCGGCAUCACAGGCCCUUUGUCCGCAGCAGCUCGGGCCGCUGGCGCAGCCACCAUUUUCUACACUAUACUCGACGCCCCGAAGCCGGAUAAGUCCGGCGUCAAACAUCCUGAGGUGUCGGCAACGGAGGAUAUUGUUCUCGAGCAUGUCAACUUCGCUUAUCCCACCAGGCCAGAUCUCAAGAUUCUUGAUGACCUCAGCCUCCGAUUUCCUUCGGGAAAGGUCACGGCCAUUGUUGGGCCGUCCGGCUCAGGGAAAAGCACGAUCGUGGGGCUUCUUGAGCGGUGGUAUGAGAUCGAGUCGUCGGAUAGCGGCCACCCGAGCCUUCUUUGGCGUAACGGCUCCAUCUCCAUCGGUGGCCGGCCGUUGAGAGAGAUCGAUCUGAAGUGGUGGAGGAGGCAGAUCGGCCUUGUGCAGCAAGAACCGUGCCUCUUCAACAACACCAUCUACGCGAACGUGGAGUUUGGCCUGAUCGGCACCGAUUGGGAGACUGCCGACCGGGAAACCAAGAAGCAGCUAGUAGAGCAAGCGUGCACUGAAGCUUUUGCAGAAGAGUUUGUCAGCCGCUUACCGGAGGGAUACUCAACCGUAGUAGGAGACGCCGGAAUCAAACUGAGCGGUGGUCAACGCCAGCGCUUGGCCAUCGCGAGAAGCAUCGUCAAGCGUCCAAAGAUCCUGAUUCUUGACGAGGCCACCAGCAGCAUCGACGUCCGCGGCGAGAAAAUGGUUCAGGCCGCGUUGGACAAGGUGGCAAAGAAUAGAACGACAGUCGUCAUAGCACACCGCCUUGCGACGGUCAGGAAAGCGGACAAUAUCCUCGUCCUGCGAAAGGGCCGGGUCGUCCAGCAGGGUACCCACGACAGUCUCAUGCAGGAAGAAGGAGGUGCCUACUGGGCCCUGGCCACGGCUCAGCAGCUCGCCAUGGGCGCCGAAGAAGAUCUCAAAAGCGCUGACCCCGGGCAACCCGGAAAGACGGAGCUCAGUGAGAAGAACAGUAUGGUGACAAUUUCCACGGAUACCACGCUCGUGGAGAGCGUAGCUGCACCAGGAAAUGACUCGGCAGCCCCGAAGAGGAGUCGAGGGCUUUGGGAAAGCUUUGUCUUGCUCAUUCACGAGCAAAAGCAGCGUGGAAAAUGGUAUUCCAUACUGGUUCUCAGCACCUUGGGCGGUGGAGCCAGCCAGCCAAUCCAAGCAUACUUGUUUGCCACGGAACUCACUCUUUUCCAGUUUUGGGGAGAUUGGCUCCAGAGUCUGGCGAACUUCUGGAGCCUGAUGUUCGUCAUGCUAGCCAUCUUCGUCGCAAUAAGCUACUUUGCACUGGGAUGGUCUUCGUCCACACUUGCGUUUCACCUCACCCACUAUUACCGUGGCGAGUAUUUCCGCGACAUCCUCUCCCAGUCGGUAGCCUUCUUUGAUGCCGACGACCACUCGGUCGGUGCUCUCACCGCUCAACUGGCCACGGAUCCCAGCCAGCUACAGGAGCUACUUGGCACAAACAUGGCCUUCGCCAUCAUAUCCGUCCUGAACGUCAUCGGCUGCGUAGUGGUUGCCUUCUACUUUGGGUGGAAGCUGUCCCUCGUCACCCUCUGCUCGUCCAUGCCCCUGAUCAUCGCCGCGGCCUUCUUCCGGAUACGGUUCGAAACGCAGUCCGAGAAGGCGAACAAUGAGGUCUUUGCCGAGAGCGCCAAGUUUGCGACGGAGUCGAUUGGCGCUUUCAGGACCGUCUCAUCGCUGACGCUCGAGGACACCAUCAUCCGCCGAUACGAAACUCUGCUUCAGCGCCAUGUCACCAAGGCGUUCUGGAAGUCGACCUGGACGACUCUGAUCUUUGCAGUAGCGGACAGUGUCCCGCUGCUCUGUGUGGCUUUCGUGCUUUGGUAUGGAGGCAACCUCAUGCUUCGGCACGAGUAUAACUCGUUCCAAUACAUGGUUGUCUACAUCGCCAUCUUACAGGGCGGUCUCGGCGCGGGACAAUGGUUGAGCCACGGGCCCAAUCUUGCUAGAGCAUCGGUCGCUGCAAGCCGCAUCAUAAACAUGCGAAGCCAGGACCGAACCGAUGGCAAGCUUGUCUCGCUGGAUGUUGGGGAUAUUGGGGAUGGCGACAAGGGAGCCAAGAUCCAGUUCCAGAACGUGUCGUUCAGAUAUCCCACUCGAGAUGUGCCCAUACUGAACGGCCUCAGUCUGACGGUGAGAUCGGGAAAGACCACAGUCAUUUCGUUACUGGAGAGGUUCUACUCGCCUAACGGGGGCCGCAUCCUGUAUAACGGGUUAGAUAUUUCCGACCUUUGCGUAGCAAGCUACCGCAAAGACAUCUCUCUCGUGUCCCAGGAGCCCAACUUGUUUGACGGAACGCUUCGGGAAAACAUCCUCCUCGGAGUGGACGAGGCGACCGCCACCGAAGAGCAAUUGCACCAAGCAUGUCGCGACGCGGAGAUCCACGACUUCAUCGUUUCCCUUCCGGACGGCUAUGACACCAGUGUGGGCACGAGAGGCGUCACCCUGUCCGGCGGGCAGAAGCAGCGGCUCGCAAUUGCCCGCGCGCUGAUCCGGAACCCUCGGCUGCUGCUCCUGGACGAAGCAACCUCCAACCUGGAUGCCGAGACGGAGAAGUCGGUGCAGGCGGUAUUUGAGAAACACAAGCGGAACCGCACCAUGGUUGUCGUGGCGCACCGUCUUGCAACGGUGCAGAAUGCUGACGUGAUCUUCGUCCUCGCAGACGGGCGGGUCGUAGAGAAAGGCGAUCAUGCCUCGCUUCUGAGUCAGCGAGGCAUCUACUACCAGAUGUGUCAAUCACAAGCAUUGGACAGGUAA